GUAUCUAGCACUGGAAGAGGAUAGGUGCAAUGUAACAUCACUCAUACGCUUCGUUAGGCCAGUUGGGCUGCUCCUAGACCUAGAUCUCAUUGACAAAAUGUUGAAAUUGGCCAUGUGUAAGUUUGUAAAUCUUGCUUCAGAAGCGUUGUGCAUAUCACUCAAAAGCCGACAAUUAUAAUCAAUCGCUUGAAUCAGUUCGCGGCCCGUCUCAAGCUCGUCGGAAAUCGCGAGUUCGCAAUGUAUCAGCAACAUCAGUUGUCUUCACAUUCUGAAGCGCUGGUUGAUCAAUUUGAGGAGGGAAUAACGUCAAUAAGCCGAUGUGCUCUGGAAGAUUUGUUGUGCACAUGUGCGCGUAGCCCGAGGAAUGCAGUAGAGCCUCAUGCGCUUUGCAAUUGAAUUACAGUACCACAAUACGGGCGGCAAGCAUACUCAAUCUGACACACAAUUCGAUGUGAAGGUUCGUUACGCUUGUUUCUUUUUACUUCAUUGGCCUUUUGGCAUUGUUUCCGUGUGGAUAUCAUCUACGUACAUCUGUCUAUCGUUUUUGAAGGGGUGAAGUGAUUAAAUCAUAACAGUAAUAGAACGUAGGCUCACAAACAAGCGAUGAAACACUUUAGUGCGUUCCUUUUGGGCUUCAUUUGUGCGCUCUCUUUAAAAGGUACGAUUUUGGCUCAUUGUAGGUUACCAAUCUCGGAUGUUACAGUUGCAUUAGCUUGCAUAGCCUUGUAGUAUUUGUUUCAGGGCUGUGAUUUAGGGUUAAGUAGCUGAUACUAAGAUGGAGCUUCAAAGUGAGGAUGGGAGCCUCGUCGAGCUGGCUGAGGGCGUAGAGAAAGAACUUGGUAGAGGUCCGGGGUUCGCUCCUCAUGAUCGAACGGUUUCUCGUCGCCAAGUCCGCCUGAAAGUGCAACCAACUGCGGCCUCUGAGGACCGAUUUCAUUUCAAUGUUUUAAUUGAUGUGAUUGGCCCAAACCCAAUUUGCAUAAUCCACUCCAAUGAUGGAAGUAAAUCGACAGACGAAGUGGAAAUCGCGAAAUCGGGGACACAGACCUUGUUGCGAACUGGGGAUAGAUUCUCUCUUUCCAUUCAAGAACCGGUUUUCUACACGUUGCAAGAGCCAGGUGCAAGAGUCACCCUUGGCUCACAUGUUUCUGGUGACACAAGACCCCAAAGAAUUGAGAAUAUUAACGGUAGAAAAAUAGCAGGGCACAAAGAAAGUGAUGCAAAUGACCAAUGUGAUGGAGGAGUAAGAGUGGAAGAGGCUGAUCAUCUCAAAGCUGACAGUAGAAGAGUAGGAAUCACGACAGAUGCUGAUGAAGAGGAAGGCAUUGCUGAGGCUGUAGCAAGGUGGCAACGGAGGAAGCAAGAGCUCAUGGAAAUAGAUCAGAGGAGGUCGACCCAGGCGGGAACAGUCCUCAAGGAAGAUAAAGAUAGGAUCGGGGAGCAAGCGAUAGUGGAAGAAAAACUAACCAAAGAUAUUUCCCAACUGGAGCCUGUUCACAGCAAAACUUUGUCUCGUGAUCCACUUGAAACUAAUGAGCCUGAACUGUUCGAUAGAGGAAGGCCAAGUGAAGACGACACAGACCUAGCCAAGAAAUUUGGAUUUGUCGUUGAAGGCUGCGAGUUUGAACGUUAUGGGAAGAUGGCGCAUGAUACCAGCAAUUGGGUAUGGCAAAUAGGGAGACGUCAAGUGAAUUACAGUGAUGAUGACGAAGACGGAUAUGGAGGUGAUCAAGAUUACAAGCAGCACAGAUUGAUUACCACAGGAUCUGAGUCAAAGCAGAAAGCCAAACCUGGAAACGACGAUGACGAAGAAGAUGAUGACUGGCGAGGGGAUGAUGAAGGAGAAAUUAAGCUGCUUUCGUCUGGCGAAAAAGUUGUGUCACGAAAGAGAGGUGUGCAGACUCGAUUGCGUGACGUUGCUACUACGUCAGAAGCUAGAUCAGAUUCAAAAAAGAAAAGAAAGGUAUCGAGUAAAACCCUAGCGGCCGCUUCAACGUCGUCUCAAAAGGAUUUUAAGCGAAAACCAAGAGCAUCUGAAGAGGAGGAUGAUGAGGAAGAUGGUGAUAAGGACCUAGACGAUUUUGUUGUUGAAGAUGCUGACGACGAAGAUGAGAUAAUGCAGGUUGAAGACGAUGAGGACGAGUGGACAGACGAAGACGAAGACGAAGAUGGGGAGAUCGAAGAACUCGAUGAUCUUGAUGAAGUUAAAAGCGGACCUGUAAAGAACAAGUCCAAUCAAGUCAGUGUUAAACCAAUGUGUAAAUAUGGAAGCAAAUGCUUUAGGAAGAACAAGGAUCACUUGGAUCAGUUCCGACAUUGACAACUUAUGUUCUUUUCGUCGACUAAUUGGGCACUGGAAUUUCAUAAGCAUGCACUGAAUUCGAUUCGCUUGGAUUCUUUAGGUCAUGCAUUUGUAACCCAUUCCAGUUCCUUUGUUUAAAUAGCUGACCACUUGCAGUUUAGAGACAUCAUGAAAGAUUUCGGGUAUGAUUUAGAAUACUGCAAUGUUUAAAUCGCUCUUGAAGGGGUUAUCGAAAUCUUUUGUGACUGCAAGAUUGUCCUUGUCGAGGGUUCCUCUUUUUCCAUUAUUAUCCCACCAGGUUGGCGUCUUGGUUCUACCUCAGAAUCGAUCCCAAACCUGAGAAUCUUGUUAGUAUCUUAAUUAGAGGUCUUCUCCACCAAACUUGACUCUAUUUAUGUGAGAAAUACCUCUGACAAGUACGAAUGCAUGCUUACCACUGUAGUAUGCCAUCUGAAAUGGAAUUCCCAGCCCUUGCAGCGCUUCCUGGAUGGCCUUGAAUGGUGGGGACUAUUAUUUUGCCAACCUAGAGAGGCUCAUCAAUCGCAGGCUCCUUGAAACGA